UUUCAAUUAGACUUGAAAAAAAAAAAAAAAAAAAAUUAUUUGAUCGUCAAAAUAAAAAAUGACUGCAAUAUUUUUUAUUAUGAAAAAUAUUUUAAUAAUAACAAUAACAAUAUUAAUAUUUAAAUCAAAAAAUGUUUGUGGGACAUACAGUGAUUUAAAUAAAGUUACAAAUGCGAUAAUAACACUGACAAAUCUCUUGGAUGAAAUGAUAAAUCAUCCACGUCCAAUAACAAAUACCGAUAAAAAUCGUGACAAAAUAUUGGAAUCCUUCGAUAAAAUCUAUAAAUUAUGUCGAAAUUUCGACGACUCAUCGAUAAAUCAUUUGGGUAAUGUAUUUAAAUCUCAAAUAAAUUGGUAUGACAACACAGAUAGUUUGAAAGUACAACUCGACAGUAGUGAGACUAAAAAAGAAAAAGAGGACGCAAUAUUUUUUGACAUAUUGGAACUUAUUGAAAAUAAAUUUCACAACCAAUUUAUGGAUUAUUUGGCUGAUUACGAUGGCUGUAACACUGACACUGUUGAUAGGUUUAUUGGAAAUAUUAUUGAUAAUAAAAACUAUCAAGAUAUGAUUGAUUUGAUAAAUUCAUUUACUACAUUGGCAUUUGCGACACAGAGAAAUGACAUACAAAAUAUAUUUGGUAUUAUUGUCUCACAAUUACAAAGAAAGGCAAACACUUUUCUAACAUGUGAUGACGUACCAGCUUAUGAGCAGCUCUAUAAUUUAUAUGAAAGAAUUUUGGCUACUGCUAGCAAAGCAUACGCGAUGUUAAUCAUUUCGUUUAAAUUUCGACAGUUGCGAUUGUCAAAUUACAAUCUAUUCGAAAAUGAACAACACGUUGCACUGGAAAAUUACAAAAAUUCGUUAAAGGAAAUAACUAAAUCUGCGACAUAUUAUUUAAAUUCAAUUGACAACACUAUUUAUAAGUCAUACAAAAAUUGUGAUCCAGAAGUAUGGCAAGAAGGAAAAAAUUAUAUACGAGUUAAAAACUAUGUUACGUAUCACGCUCCGGAGAGAAAAAUUGAAUAUGAAUAUAUUACAAAAAAUAUGACAAAUGCUGACAAAGAAAUGGAAUGUAAUAGAAUACGAGGUUAUUGGGACCCAUCUGGUUCUGAAACUGGAAUGAUUCUUAGUAUGGCAUGCCCUUACAUUUAUGAAGAUGACAAUAGAAAAAAAGAUUUUUGUCCUAAGAAUGUUCAAGAAAUAUUUAUGUUUCCUGUUCACACUCAUUUACCAUCAGGUUGCAUUGAUGGAAAAGUUAAUGAACUUGAUAAAUAUUGCGCUUGUGAUUUAAGUUAUGAUGAUUAUGACAGUCAUCGUGUAUUGAGUUUGAGAGCAUACUAUACGGACACUACAUUAAAUCAGGUUGUGGUGGGUAUUAGGUGGGUUGUUAAAAAUAAUAUUAUCGCAUUGGAACUUAAACAAGGAACAUUAGUAAAUGGAACUGUCGAUGUUGCGACAGUAUUUUGGAACACAACUUUUGGUUACCCACCAGAUGAUGGUCCUGAUUAUGUUAAACUCGAUUACAGAGUUAAAACCUUCAAUCUAGAUGAUAUUGAAUUACCUCAUGGGCAAUUUGUUACUGGUGUCAAAUUUGAAGUCCUUAGCAACAAACAUAUUACGCUAGUAGUUAGAGGAUCAACAAUGUAUAAUAAUCAUAAAGUUUUUUCAGCUGCUGAUAAUACAUGGCACUAUCCAAAAAUCGACGAUACCGAAAAUUCAAGACACAAUAUCAAAUUAGACGAUUUUAGAAAUUCAGCAGAAUCAACAUUUAAAAAUAAUGAAAUGAGUCAUUCAGGACAACACUACGUACGUUUGACACCAGCAGUAUAUUCUAGAGUUCAUAAUAAUAUUGCGGUGAUACCAUUCAUUGAUUCUCGCGGGAUAGCUUCGUCACCUCCAUCCCCAUUUGGUGGGUUAGGAUUAAUUUACAAAGGACAGUUGGGUUAUGGUGGUUACAUUGCAUUUAAAUAUAUUUUAUCUAAGCACAAUCUUAAUAUUGAUAAUAGAAUAUUAGCUAUCAAUUAA